GAAUGCACAGAAAAUGAUUUUUACAAAAAAUGAAGAUAAAAUUUUAAUUUGUGACAAAGCUGGUGAUAUUUAUGAAUUUGACGUCAAACAAUCAUCAACAAUAACAACGUCAGAUGAAGAAAAUUGUGGACGUUUACUUCUUGGUCAUUGUUCAAUGUUAUUGGAUUUUCUGCUUACCGAUGAUCAACGUUUUAUAAUUAGUGCUGAUAGAGAUGAAAAAAUUCGUGUUACACAUUAUCCUAAUACCUAUAAUAUAAAAACAUAUUGUCUUGGUCAUAGUCAAUUUGUUUCAGUUAUUCAAUUAAUCAAUGAACAGACAUUAGCUUCCGGAUCAGGUGAUGGUAAAAUUAAAAUAUGGAACUAUUUGAAUGGAAAAAUUUUGUAUACACAUGAUUUCCAUGAACAACAACCACAAGAACAGCAACAACCAACCAGCACAACAACAAAUGGUGGUAACAAAUCAUUAGUGAGGUCAGAUUUCGCAAUUAAAUCGAUGACAAUUGAUCGUCAAAAUAAUGGACGCCAUCUUUGUGUUUCAUUUUUAAGCCAAUUAAUUUUGUAUUUGUUCAAAAUCGAAUACCAAAAUGAUGAUGAAAAACAAUUCAAAUCAUUGAAUAUUAUAACACAAUUAAAAUUGAACCAGAUACCAUUGAUGAUAAAAUUUGAUUCAAGUCAUAUAAAUUUUCUAUGGAUUUUUGGUGCAGCGAAAGAUGACAAUGAUAAUAAUAAUGAACCAAUUCAACUAUAUGAAGUAAAACAAAAUGAACUAGCUCGUCCUUUAAUUCGAAUAAAUGUGAUUGAUACAUUGAAUCAGAAUGAACAUUUUCGACGAUCCGUUGCCGCUAUUAAACGAGAUCAAUAUGAAUAUUUAUUCAAGCAUCCUUUUCAUGGCGAAAUUGUUGACGAAAAUUUUCAACACAAGAGGUCACGUAUCAAAAGCGAAUAAUAAAUAAUAAAUGUAUGGACUUCCCUUAAUAAAUCGUCAUCAUC